AUGGCCAAAAGCGCCCGCUCCAGCACGCGCAAGGCGAACAACCAGCGGCUUAAGUCUAAGGUCUUUGGUCCCGUCGAAUCUGCGAGAGCCGAACGUCUUUCAGCCAAACUCCUCGAACUUGCCGCUCAACCCAAGCCCCCGAAGCCGGAGAGCGAUGAGAUGAGGAUAGAAGAUGGCGGGGAGGUGGUGGCGACGACAACUGACGCUCAAGAUAAUUCCAUGGACGUCGACACCGUUAAACCCGCACCGUCCAAGCGCAGCGAUAAGAAGCGCAUCGAGAAGCGAAAGACGAGAAGUAAGAUCGUCUUUCCCAAAUAUGGAGACAAGAAAAAGACGAAGAAGCGCUAG